CCAGCCCCGUCUUGCUCCACCCUCUCUGUAGUUACUUGUGAUCCAGCUUCCACACACCUGCGCUGUUCUGGAUGUCUGAAGACUGCUGAGACCAAUAAAAACGAAAGGGCAGCAAGCUGUUACAUAUGUUUGCCAUUUCACUGCGUGUUUCUGGCUCUUUUAUCAUUUUUCUUCUGCCUCUUCCACUCUCUCAGGAGGAGGAACAUCUGUGACUACAUUUCGUCGCUUGAACAUCUGAAUACAGUUAAAUUUUGGAUCUACUCUCACUCAUAAUAAUGAACCGACGAGCUGCACCGAGCACCUCAUUUACUCCGUCCAAUAUGCCAAAUACAACAUCCGCCCCAGGCCAAAAACAACCUGGAGGUCACGAUGCCAACAAGUUCAUGAAUCAGCUCCAUAGCAUCCACAAGCCGACAUGGGCUGCCGCUGCCGUUUGUGUCGUGAGUUUGUGUGUGGUCCUGUCAUGUGUUUUGUGUGUGUGGAAGAAGUGCUUAAAAAAGAAGGACAAGGACAAAGACAAGGACAAGAAAAAGGGAAAGGAGAAGAGUAAUGGAGGCUUUGACACUGAAAUGGAUGGGGAUUACAACGAGCCCCUCAAAGAUGAUGUAGACAAAGAAACAGAGCUGUCAGAGACGGAGAAAAAAGAGGAUGAGAAGUUAGGCCGAUUACAUUUCACAUUAGACUACAAUUUCACUGAAAACACGUUGGUGGUAGGCAUUUUGCAGGCUGCAGAGCUUCCUGCGAUGGAUGUGGGGGGUAGUUCCGACCCUUAUGUUAAGCUCUACCUGCUCCCUGACAAAAAAAAAAAGUUUGAAACCAAAGUUCACAGGAAGACUCUGGAGCCCAACUUCAGUGAGACUUUUACAUUUAAGGUACCCUACACUGAGCUGGGUGGGAAGACGCUGGUGAUGACCGUGUACGACUUUGACCGUUUCUCAAAACACGAUGCCAUCGGUGCUGUGAAGAUUCCCAUGAGCGGCGUGGACUUCAGCCAGUCUCUGCAAGAGUGGAGGGACCUGCAAAAGGCAGAGAAAGAGGAGAGUGAGCGGCUUGGAGACGUUUGUUUGUCCCUGAGGUACGUGCCAACUGCAGGGAAACUCACAGUGGUGAUUUUGGAGGCCAAGAACCUGAAGAAAAUGGAUGUGGGUGGAUUAUCGGACCCGUAUGUGAAGAUCCACCUCAUGCAGAAUGGGAAAAGACUCAAGAAGAAGAAAACUACCAUUAAAAAAAACACUUUGAACCCUUACUACAAUGAGUCAUUCAGCUUUGAAGUGCCGUGUGAACAGAUAGAGAAGGUGCAGGUAGCUGUGACUGUGUUGGACUAUGACAAGAUUGGGAAGAAUGACGCCAUUGGGAAGGUGCUGCUGGGGGCUAACAGUACCGGGACCGAGCAACGCCACUGGACAGAUAUGCUAGCCAACCCCCGGCGGCCAAUAGCCCAGUGGCACAGCCUCCAAUCGGAAGACGAAGCCAACGCACUCAUUUCCAACAAGAAGUGAAAAUGUGGCAUAAAAUGGAACAAAAACCUGACCUCAAAUACUUCAAACUUACAGUCUAUAUUGUACAGAGAUAUUCCUUAUAAUAACAGCUAUUUAACUGAAUUUAGCCCUCCGAAAGACACCCUGCUUUACUCUUUAUACCUUCAAGAUUAGUAGUAAAUACCAUUUGCUCUAUACCUGCAGUAUCUCCGUCCAUCUGCUUGGAAAUAAAUGGUUAUCUAUUUCUGGUUAAGAACAAUAAAAGUGA